ACUGGACACAAUACAGUGAAUCGCGAACGGAAAAUAAAAUCUGACCUACCGCAACAUGCAACUUUCGGGUGUGGAAGCAGAAUCAUGGUAGAAAGAUGGAAAUUGGAUCAAAAUCGCCAACUCGUAUAAAAGUUCUUUGCUUAAUUUUAUCGAACAUCAGUUCAUUAAAAGCAUUUCAACAAACAUCAUUUCAAGUGCCAACCAUUCACAGGAGAUCUAAAAUGUUCAAGAUCAUCGCUUUGGUUGCCUGUUUGGCCGUUGUUGCCUCCGCUCGAUACUAUGGAGGAGAUCACGGUCAUCAUCAUGAGGAAUAUCAUCAUUCGCAUCCGAAGUACAAGUUCGAGUACGGAGUGAAGGAUGGACACACCCACGAUCACAAGAGUGCCUGGGAAACCCGAGAUGGGGAUGUUGUGAAGGGUCAGUACACCUUGGAAGAAGCCGAUGGGACCCACAGAGUAGUUGACUACAGCUCGGAUCACAAAGGAGGAUUCCAGGCUCAUGUUCAACGCAAUGGACAUGCCCACCAUCCACACGGAGAGAGCUACGUUAAGAUCGAUCAGCAUUACUAAUAUGUUUGUUUAAGCUGAUUAGUUUCUUGAGCACUUGUAUGCGUCCUGUAAAUAAAUUGCU